CCCUCUCUCUAGUGUCAUUGAAGUAAAACAAAAGGUUUUGAGUUCAUAGAAGAAAUGUCAUCAACUGUCAAGAACACAGCUGAUCGGGUUGAUGGCGUUGCCCCGUCCUCCAUCGUUCGAGUUACCAUCGUUCAAGCUUCCACCGUGUAUAACAAUACUCCUGCCACUCUAGACAAGGCUGAGAAGUAUGUUGUGGAGGCAGCAAGCAAAGGAGCUAAGCUGGUUUUGUUCCCUGAGGCUUUUGUAGGAGGUUAUCCACGAGGGUUUAGGUUUGGUUUGGCUACAGGAGUUCAUAACGAGGAAGGUCGUGAUGAGUUCCGCAAGUAUCAUGCUUCUGCUAUUAAGGUUCCUGGUCCUGAAGUAGAAAGAUUGGCUGAGUUGACUGGGAAAACUAAUGUGUACUUGGUAAUGGGGGCGAUAGAGAAGGAUGGGUAUACACUCUAUUGCACAGCCCUUUUCUUUAGUCCACAAGGUCAGUUUUUGGGUAAGCACCGUAAACUCAUGCCCACAACUUUGGAACGUUGCAUUUGGGGUCAAGGGGACGGAUCAACCAUCCCCGUUUACGACACUCCUAUUGGGAAACUUGGUGCUGCUAUUUGCUGGGAAAAUAGGAUGCCCCUAUACAGAACUGCCUUGUACGCUAAAGGUAUUGAGAUCUAUUGUGCACCUACUGCUGAUGGUUCGAAAGAAUGGCAAUCGUCAAUGAUGCAUAUUGCGCUAGAAGGUGGAUGUUUCGUGUUGUCGGCUUGCCAGUUCUGUCUGCGUAAAGACUUUCCUGACCAUCCUGAUUACUUGUUUACCGACUGGGAAGACUACAAAGAACAUGAUGCUAUUGUCUCCCAAGGUGGAAGUGUCAUUAUUUCACCUUUAGGACAGGUUCUUGCCGGACCAAACUUUGAAUCAGAGGGUCUCAUCACAGCUGAUCUCGAUCUUGGUGAUGUAGCGAGAGCCAAGUUGUACUUCGAUGCGGUCGGACAUUACUCGAGACCAGAUGUGUUACACUUGACCGUAAAUGAGCACCCAAAGAAAACGGUUACAUUCAUGACUAAGGUGGAGAAAGCUGAGGAUGACUCAAACAAGUAAUCAAAAUCUAUAAUUCAUCUCUGGAAAGUUUAUGUUCAAUCAUAUCAUGGAGGAGUCAAGUUCUAAAAUGUUCUGAUGUUUAUGUUAAGGUUUCUUUAUGUUUUUCUUCAAUAAUAUAAGAGAUCACCAUGCUAGACACAUGGUAAGAUCUAUCUUGUGUGAUAUUAAACCAAUUUGGUUCUAUCGUCUUGUAUUAAAACAUUGUACCAUUAUGUUUUAUCCAAUUUAAGUGUUGAUAUC